GUCCAAGCGAUUCUCAGACAGAACGAUUCGAACGGGCGUCAAGUGAAGACACGAAAGUCAAAAUUAUCGAAACGAUACCAACGAUCAAGUGAAUACAUAUCAAUUCUAAUUCUUCAAAAUGGUUUACGAAAGUGGAUUUACAACCCGUAGAACCUACAGCUCUAGGCCUGUGACUACGUCUUAUGCCGUGACGUAUCCAAGCGUUCAGAAAGUAACUCGUGUAUACAAAACGAGCUACCCAAUCUACUCGAGCUACUCAAUCCCAACAAGGCGCUACGUUGGUGGAACACGUGUUAUUUCAUCACCUGUUCGUGUUGUCACCUCUCCCACUCGCGUUGUAUCGCGCAUCAUACACUCUCCAUCGCCAGUGCGUGUUGUGCGCACAACAACGCGCGUAAUUUCGUCUCCGGAGAGAACGACCUACUCCUAUACAACGCCAUCGACAUAUUAUAGCCCAACUUAUUUGCCAUCGACCUACUACAGUUCAUCCUACACCCCAACAACAUCGUAUACAACAUACACACCUUCGUACUACUACAAUCCGACAACAGUUACACGUGUUUAUGCUCAUGCUCGCUCGUUGUCACCGAUGAGGAUCACUACAUCCCCGUUGCGUGUAACACCUUCAUACCUGAAGAGACUUCCCCCCGGAUAUGGCGCCAGGGCCUUAACUAAUUACCUCAAUACCGAACCCUUUACCACCUUCUCUGAGGAAACCGGUAGGAUUCGCAAUCGUGCCCAAUCAUUGAUGCGUGACCUGCACACGCCCGUUGUGCGUCGCGCUCGUAGCUGCACUCCGUUCCCCGUGACUGGAUAUGCCAAUGGACCAACAUCUCAACUAGCCUUAGAUGCUUAUGUGGCCCGCAUUACGAACCCAGUGCGUCAUGUCGCCAAGGAGGUACACAAUAUUUCUCAUUACCCCAGACCAGCUGUUAAGUAUGUCGAUGCCGAGCUGGACCCCAACCGUCCAUCGAGAAAGUUCUCUGCUCCUAGACCACUAGAAGACCCCGUCGAUCUGGAAGACAAGGAGAAGCAACGUCUGCGUCAGGAGCGCCUCUUUACUGUUAACGAAGAGGACUUAGAUAAUAUUGAUCUGGAGAAGAAGCGCGCCCAACGUGCUGAUGAUGCCAAAAAUCGUGCAGAGAAAGCUGCCAAGGAGGCUGCUAAGCAAGCCAAGGCUGAGGAGGAGGCACGUCUAGCUGAGGAGGCAGCUCAAAGAGAGGCAGAGAAAGCGCGCGCCGCAAAGGCUGAGAAAGCGCGUUUAGCUGAAGAGGCACGCUUAGCCGAAGAGGCCGCCGCUCGCCAGGCUGAAGAGGACCGCUUGGCCGAAGAGGCGCGUUUAGCCGAGGAGGCUCUCUUGGCUGAAGCAGCAGCUCAAAAGGCAGCUGAAGAAGCCGCCGCUCGCAAAGCUGAAGAAGAGCGUUUGGCCGAAGAGGCACGCUUGGCUGAGGAGGCGCGUUUAGCUGAAGAGGCGCGUUUGGCUGAGGAAGCUGCUGCAGCUCAAAAGGCAGCAGAAGAGGCUGCCGCUCUCAAAGCAGAAGAAGAGCGUUUAGCUGAAGAGGCGCGCUUGGCGGAGGAGGCUAGAUUGGAGGAAGAGCAGCGUAUGCGUGAGCAGGAGCUGACUCGCUUGCAGGAAAUUGAGAAGCAGGCCGAAGAAGAGCGCGAGGGAGAGCUGGCGAGACAAGCAGCCGAAUUGGCUGAAAUUGCCCGCCAAGAAGCCGAAAUUGCGGCUCAGGAGCUGCAGUCUAUUCAGAAGGGCGGCAGCGACAUGGAGGAGCCCUUAGUUGAUGAGCCAGAUACGCCAGUAGAGGAAAAUCCAGUCAUUGAAUUAACCUCGAAUGUUGAGGAUGUUUCUGGUGAAACUUUUGCCGAAGAUGCUGAAAGCGAGGAAGAGGAAUCAGAGGAAGAAACAUAUAAAUUAAAACAAAAUAAACGAAUGGCUGAUUUUCAAGAGCAAUUAAGGCAAUAUAGACAAGUUAAGAAGCGAAAAGAAACAUUCAAUAGUUUUAAAGCGAAACUAAGUAAAUUCUGGAUGCUGGGCACAGGCGCAUACAACAACAAUAAAGAAAAAUGUGACGACACCAAAAUCAACAUCCAGAAUGCCAAGUCAGUGAACUCUGACACGACUUCAAUCAGCAGCUCAAAUAAUGAAAAUUCGGGAUUUAGUGAUGACGAAGAACUAACAUCAGAAGCGGGCAACACAAUCGGUACAACAGCUGACGAGCGAAAGGAGAGUAAGGUGCUCAAGUACACACUAUGGGCAGUUUAUUUGCUUUUUUGGAUUACACUAUAUGUCAUAGCAAUAGAGCUUAAGUUUGGGCUCGUAUUCUUGAUGUUCUCCGCAUUAUUUGGCAUAUACUUCAAUACCAGAACUGGCACUAAGAAAAAAAAUGAAAUUAGUGCAUAUAGUGUGUUUAACAAAAAUUUCGAAAGUAUAGACGGUACCUUGAAGGCGGAACAGUUCGAUCGAGAAAUGCGAUACGGUGCGGGCAGUGUACACUAAGUAGAUGACAAAGUAAAAACUAUUG